UCCCAGAUCCAACGGCCCACCUCCUUCCUCCCUUCAACGCAACUCUCGGUCCACAAACCCCUCCACUCCAUUCCUAUUAGUUUUCUUUCCUUCUCUCUCUUCAGAUCCAUUCCCACCAAUCCCCCUCUCUCUCCUUCUUCUUCUUCAACCCCUCUCUCUCUCCCCUUCUCUUACCAAUCUCCAAUCUCACCAACAAUGGCCGCCCCCACGCCGCGCGAGGAGAACGUCUACAUGGCCAAGCUCGCCGAGCAGGCCGAGCGCUACGAGGAGAUGGUCGAGUUCGUCGAGAAGGUCUCCGCCUCCGCCGACAAGGAGGAGCUCACCGUCGAGGAGCGCAAUCUUCUCUCCGUUGCUUACAAGAACGUCAUCGGAGCCCGCCGCGCCAGCUGGCGCAUCAUUUCCUCGAUCGAGCAGAAGGAGGAGAGCCGCGGCAACGACGACCACGUCAGCAUGAUCCGCGAGUACCGAUCCAAGAUCGAGACCGAGCUCUCCAAAAUCUGCGACGGGAUUCUCAAGCUGCUCGACUCGCGCCUCAUUCCGUCGGCGUUUUCCGGCGACUCCAAGGUGUUUUAUCUGAAAAUGAAGGGAGAUUACCACCGUUACCUGGCUGAGUUCAAGACCGGCGCCGAGCGCAAGGAGGCCGCUGAGAGCACCCUCACUGCCUACAAGGCUGCUCAGGAUAUUGCCAAUGCUGAACUGGCACCAACACAUCCCAUCCGCCUUGGACUUGCCCUCAACUUCUCUGUGUUUUACUAUGAGAUUCUUAACUCUCCUGACCGUGCUUGCAAUCUCGCCAAGCAGGCUUUUGAUGAAGCAAUUGCAGAGUUGGACACACUGGGCGAGGAGUCGUACAAGGACAGCACUUUGAUCAUGCAACUGCUCCGUGAUAACCUCACUCUCUGGACCUCUGACAUGCAGGAUGAUGGUGCUGAUGAGAUUAAAGAAGCACCCAAGCCCACUGAGGAAGCAAAGCAGUGAUCACCAUUCUUCACUGCAGAUUAUGGAUUCACUUCUCCUCUAUAUGUUUUUAAUAGGAGAAGGUAAUCCUUUGCUAAUUUUCGGUCCCAUUCCGAGCUUCUAGACAUGAUUGUUGUCUUUGCAAUUAAAAUGUUGACGAACUCAGUCUUAAUUUUCCUUUAUAUUUUCCCCCUUUUUUUUUGUUAAAAUAGUUUGUUUGGAUCAAUUCUGUGUUUCUGGAAUGGUAAUUGCUCAAACAUAUUGAAGGUUUUGUACCUCCGAUUGGGAAAAAUAUCUAGCUUGAAUAUCUCUCCUGCUUGAUUCAAAGGCGGACCAUCAAUAUAGUGAUAAAUCACUAAAAUUUUCAUGA